AUGGAUCUUUUAGGAGUAUAUGAAUACGCUGCAUUGCUCAUGAUAAUGAUGAAGGGAUCAAUAAUUAUUGGAGCGCAAGCACGAGCAAAAGUGUUGGAGGGUGAGAAAGGGAGCUUUGCCGAAGUUUCCGGUCGAAACAGGCGAUUGCCAUACCUUUGCGUAGACCAGAUUUGGCGUAAGAGAAGAUGCGAUAGUGGAAAGCAUCAAGAUGUCCGUCAUUCCUGGACUAAACUCAAGCCCGGAGCAUGUGAAGAAUGGAAAAGGUUGAAACAUAGAAAUUAUUUGAGUGUAAUUGACUUCCCCGGACCUUUCACCAAUACGGUUGAAGGUGUCACAUUCAAGGAAGAUAUUCGGGUCGUUCAGGGGAUGAUCCUCAGAUAUAUGAAACCGCGUUCGACUAUGCUGGCAGCCAAAAUAGCGAUUCAGAAUAUUCUUCAACGUUGCAAGGACCUCGAUCCGAGGGUAACAGCACCUUGGGAGUCUUUACCAUACCAGGUCUUGUCAAUUCUAGAAUUGAUCGAGAGUGUAUAUAAUGGCUCAAAGGGCUUCGAAAUAGGACCAUUCAAUCUGUCUUUGUUAUCGACUCUCAUGAAAAGUCAGUCGACCAAGCGGGGAGUCAUCUCUGUCGCAUAUGUUAGCGACACCAUCAUCGUGAUUCAUCAAUUCAUCUCGACAGAGUUCAGUCAGAACAUGCAAAGCCAAGAGCAUUUCGACAAGGUUGAGGUUUCCUGCAUUGAGAAAGGCGACAGGGUACUUUAG